UCUUUCUUUCUUCGUCUCUGAUCUUACCCCCUCCUCCCAGAAACUAGGGUUUACAAUGAGACUGCAUUCGUUUUACGACAAAGCCUCUAGCGCUUUUCAUGGACAUCCCACGCUUUCUAAGCUGCUCGUUGUCUGCACAGUCAGUGGUGGGGGUUUUCUGGCAUUUUCUGAUGCUAGGCCAUUCCACGGGGCAUAUGCUGCUUCCCAGCAAUUAGGCGAAUGCAAGAAAAAGAAGGUGGUGGUACUUGGAACUGGCUGGGCGGGCACUAGCUUCUUGAAGAAUUUGAAGGAUUCCUCAUAUGAGGUUCAGGUGGUCUCUCCUCGUAACUAUUUCGCAUUCACUCCUUUGCUUCCGAGUGUGACAUGUGGCACCGUGGAGGCUCGAAGCAUUGUCGAACCAAUUCGUAAUAUUGCCAACAAGAAAAGCUUAAGUGUCCAUUUUAGGGAAGCUGAGUGUUAUAAGAUUGAUCCAGAAAAGAAGAAAGUUUACUGUAGAUCUACUCAAGACAGAGAUUUGGAUGGGAAAAAAGAAUUUUCUGUUGACUAUGACUACCUGGUGGUUGCCAUGGGAGCCCGUGCGAAUACAUUUAACACCCCUGGUGUUGUAGAGAAUGCCCACUUCCUGAAGGAAAUAGAGGAUGCUCAGAGGAUCCGCAGGACUGUGAUCGAUUGUUUUGAAAGAGCAAACCUUCCUAAUGUAACUGAAGAAGAGAGGAAAAGAAUUCUGCAUUUCGUAAUUGUUGGUGGUGGCCCAACAGGUGUGGAGUUUGCAGCAGAGCUCCAUGACUUUGUAAAUAAAGAUCUAGCUGAGUUGUAUCCUGCGCUUAAGGAUCUUGUGAAAAUAACACUUCUUGAAGCAGGCGACCAUAUCUUGAACAUGUUUGACAAAAGAAUCACUGCUUUUGCUGAAGAAAAAUUUCAGAGAGAUGGUAUCCAUUUGAAGACAGGAUCCAUGGUGGUGAAAGUCACCGACAAAGAAAUUUCUACUAAAGAAAGAGGAACUGGUGAAACUUUAUCCGUACCAUAUGGAAUGGUAGUCUGGUCAACUGGCAUUGGGACUCGCCCAGUCAUAAUGGAUUUCAUGAAGCAAAUUGGCCAGACUAACAGGCGUGCUUUAGCAACUGAUGAAUGGCUGAGAGUGGAAGGCUGUGAAAACAUAUAUGCUCUAGGUGAUUGUGCCACGAUAAAUCAACGCAAAUUUACGGAAGAUAUUUGGGCUAUAUUUAGGAAGGCAGAUGAGAACAACUCUGGUAGUCUAAAUCUAAAGGAUUUUAAAAAUGUCAUGAAUGACAUUCGUGAAAGAUACCCUCAAGUGGAGAUCUAUCUGAAGAAAAAGCAGUUAAAAAAUAUCGAUGGUUUACUAAAGAGUGCUCAUGGGAAUCCCGAGAAACAGUCUAUCAAUAUUGAAAGGUUCAAAGCAGCUUUUUCUGAAGUGGAUUCCCAGAUGAAAAACCUACCUGCAACAGCCCAGGUGGCUGCUCAACAAGGGGAAUACCUUGCUAAAUGUUUCAAUCGAAUGGAAGAGUGUGAAAAGCAUCCUGAAGGUCCUCUCAGAUUCAGGGCAACUGGACGCCAUCGAUUUCAUCCUUUCAGGUAUAGGCAUUUUGGGCAAUUUGCUCCAUUGGGAGGAGAGCAGACUGCAGCUCAGUUGCCUGGCGAUUGGGUUUCAAUUGGCCGUAGCACCCAAUGGCUUUGGUAUUCAGUUUACGCGAGCAAGCUUGUCAGUUGGCGAACGAGAACACUGGUAAUAUCUGAUUGGGGAAGGCGAUUUAUUUUCGGGAGGGACUCAAGCCGAAUCUGAGGGAAGCAGGAGCUCCAGGGAAGAAUGUUCUUCCACUACAAUUUUUGUCAGAUACAGCAGGCCAGAUUUUUGUCUUCAUUUCUCAUUUUCUCCUCUAACA